GUUGGUAUCUGCAAACAGGAGAUGCUCCAGAAGAAGAAGAAUGCUGUUUUGGUGGAUGGUGUCAUCUUAAAUGGCCCAAUAAUGGACUCAAAGGCAGGAGAGAAGUUUGUGGAAGAUGCCUGUAAGAUUAUAAUGGAAGAAGUAAUCCAAAAAACUGAUGAUGUAACAGAAAAGGUUUGUGAAUGGCGAGCCCCUGAAGCGCUGAAGCAGAUUCUUGAUCUGGAAAUGAGGGACAUUGGAGAAUCUCAUCAGAAACUCUUGCAACUCUGCCGGGAUGUUAUACAGUACAGCGUCAAAACCAGUCAUCCAAGAUUUUUCAAUCAGCUGUAUGCUGGAAUAGAUUAUUACUCGUUAGUGGCUCGUUUCAUUGCAGAAGCACUGAACCCAAGCGUAUAUACAUAUGAAGUAUCUCCUGUGUUUCUGCUGGUGGAAGAAGCAGUCAUCAAGAAAAUGAUUGAGUUCAUUGGCUGGGAAGAAGGUGAUGGCAUAUUUAAUCCAGGUGGCUCUGUUUCGAAUAUGUAUGCUAUGAACUUAGCAAGAUACAAAUUUUGUCCAGAGAUAAAGGAAAAAGGGCUCUCAGGUUUGCCAAGACUAGUCCUGUUCACUUCGGAAGAGUGUCAUUAUUCCAUGAAGAAGGCAGCCUCCUUCCUGGGUAUCGGUACAGAAAAUGUUUACUUCAUUAAAACAGAUGAAAGAGGUAAGAUGAUACCUGAGGAACUGGAGAAACAAGUCCAACAGGCCAGAAAAGAGGGGUCAGCACCAUUUCUUGUCUGUGCUACAGCAGGCACAACAGUGCUGGGAGCAUUUGAUCCUCUGGAUAAAAUUGCUGAUAUCUGUGAAAAGCAUGGCCUCUGGCUUCAUGUUGACGCUUCUUGGGGUGGCUCGGCUUUGAUAUCGAGGAAGCAUUGCAGACUUCUUCAUGGCAUCCACAGGGCUGAUUCUGUUGCCUGGAAUCCCCAUAAAAUGCUGUUGGCAGGAAUCCAGUGCUGUGCUUUUCUGGUGAGAGACAACUCUGGCCUCCUGAAGAAGUGUUACUCUGCCAAGGCUGCCUACCUGUUCCAGCCAGACAAGUUCUACGAUGUCAGCUAUGACACUGGUGACAAGUCCAUCCAGUGCAGCAGGCGUCCAGAUGCGUUCAAAUUCUGGCUGAUGUGGAAAGCAUUGGGAACCACAGGCCUCGAGGAGAGAGUAAACAGGGCGCUGGCUUUGGCUAGAUAUCUAGUGGAUGAAAUUAAGAAAAGAGAGGGAUUCCAGCUUAUUUUAGAGCCAGAGUAUGCAAACGUUUGCUUUUGGUACAUUCCACCAAGUUUAAGAAAAAUGGAGGAUGGACCUGAAUUUUGGCAGAAGCUACACCAG